AUGUAUUUAAUCUUAAAGAUAUUGAGUUUCUUAUAUCUUUGUGCAGGUGUGCAGUGUGUCCAUCAGGUGUCAUGGCUGCCCUGUCCGUUCACUGAUGAACACGUGUUUAAGAAUGAAGAGGGUCACACGGAGACUCAGCUCAUCCACAGAGAGGCCCUGCUGCAGUUUGGUCAAAUAGGAGAUGCUGCUGUUAAUCCACAUGGAAUCACUUUCCUGAUUACUGUCUCUAAAUUGGACCUGCGGCGAUACUUGGAGGGAGUGGAGGCUGAGCAGUUGCAGUGUGAGCUGCGUAGGUACAGCACAGCGGGCAUCCAUGUUCGCUGGCCAGUGCUGGGGGCCCGGGAGUACAACCACUGGUUCACCUGCACCCUGAAACACACCAACGGCCUGUUCAGAAUCACAGGCUUCCUCAGACACCCAUCGGACAAAGCAGCCCCGGGACAGCAGGACUACAACAGCUGGACUCCCAUCGGGGACAAAGAGAUGCUCGUCACAACAACUGCCAUGGUAAUGAAAACACUAACUCCAUCAGUGAGAGCAGGCCUAGGCUCCAAACAGAAGCUCCACUGCCAGUUUGCUGUCGACCACCAUGGACCAAACUUUUAUGUGGAGUGGCUCCUGCAGCAGCAUGGAGAGAGAACCAGCCUCUUCAGUCACAGCAGCCGCUCAGUACAGAGCAAGGGGUCCGGGGUCGUACUUAGGAGCCUGGCAGACGGGGACGCUUCCUAUAACCUUCCCUUCACCAAGUUGAGCAGUGAAGGGACGUACAUCUGUUCAGUGUCCGUGCUUCCACUGUUCGUCAGUAUGGAUAUUGUUCUGCAAAUCGAAGAGGCUCCCAGGGUCUCCCUCAACGUUGGACCCACUCUGACACUGCUGGAGGGCGGGGAGCAGAGGGUGACAUGUGAGGCAGACAGUUACUACCCUCUGGAUGUGGAGAUCGGGUGGUACAUGCAGGACCCGGCGGUGGCGGGACAGAGGGUGGGCGCUCCUCUCCCCGAGAAGCUCCAGAACGUUCUGCUGUCCAGCCACAAACACAACAACGACAAGACGUACUCGCUGACGGCCUUCUUCUACCUGCAGGCUGCACUCAAGCACUCAGGAAGGGAGUUCACAUGCAGAGUAUCCCAUAAGUCCCUGAGGGUGCCCAUCAAAAAGAGCUUCACCCUGACUGUGGAGGAGCCAACCGGCUGGAUGCUUUUCAUUGUCAUCUCGCUGCUGCUCACCCUGUGUGUGAUGCUGUGUUACCUGCACUCAGCAAGAAGAAAAGCAUGACAGAACCGACUAUACUGAGCAGCAGCCUUGGAAGAGUGAGCAGAUGAAGCGGUAACGGCGAACCUCCUACCUCGUCAGUUUGUUUCAGAGACUCAUUUGAUUGGUGUGUGUGUGUGUGUAUGUUUUAUGGUGAAGGUUUGUUUUUGUUGUUGCAUAGAUUUUGCUCAUGCUAAAAAAGCUUGAUAUUGAAUGAUCAAACAGGGGAAAAUGCAACAGUUUACGGGUUCAUGCAUAGUAGUAGUAGUUUAAUAGAGCAACGUUUGUUGAUGCACAUGCAAAGUUCUGUACACAGGCAGCACAGCAAGCAAAUACUCCAAUACUGAAGGACAGCAAACAUGGAUGUAAAUAAAACACGAUUUGAAGAAUUAAAUAAAUAAUGAAACUCUGAGAAGGUAAAUAUAUUCAACACAUUUGUUAGACUUCACACUUAUUGAGAAAUACUGAAUCUAACUAUAUUUGGGCACAUAGGACUACAGUGUUUUAUCUAUAUUGUUCAUUUUCCACCCAUCCAUCUUCUCCCACUUAUCCGUGGUCGGGUCGCGGAAGUAGCUGUUCCAGCAGAGAGCCCCAAACCUCCCUUUCCCCGGCCACAUCAUCCAGCUCUGACUGGGGGAUUCCAAGGUGCUCCCAGGCCAGCGAAGAGAUAUAAUCCCUCCACCUGGUCCUCGGUCUACCCCUCGGUCUCCUCCCA